AUGGCAACAGGGUCACAGGAUAGACGCAGCGACCAGGAUCACUGCAGGAAGUGGGAGACUGCCCACCGAGUGCGUUACUUUUCCCAGAAGUUUCCGACUCGUGAACGGCGGCCCGGCGGAAUUGCGCCUCAGGCUCAGCAGCAGAUACAGCGCGCACCCCUGGCCUGCAAAAUCACUCCUUUCCGACCUGAUCCUUGGCAGAACCCCUGGUUACGCGUGCUGGGCGCUCGGGAGCCUGUGCUGCGUUUGGGUGGCACCGUGAAGAAGACAGAACAGUCGGAACAGAGAACUGGCAGCAAAGAUACCAUCAAAGGUCGUCCAGACUGCUGUUCACAUCAACAAGGUCUAGCAAGACGCAGCCACACCGCGGGUGAAAUCAGCGGGAAGGAAAAGCCAGAGAGCAAACAGCUCGCCGAAACACUCAGCGGCACGCACCGGCUUGCAAAAGAGCCUUGGCUGCGGGAGCAGAUACCAUCUACUCCUAAAUCUCCUUCAGCGGCGGGGAGGCCGGGGGCGCGGCUGGGGAUGCAGAAAAGACUUUUUGCCCCCGCUUCACGCCGGCACGGGCUGUUUGCUGCUCGCCGCAGCUCGCUGUUGACUUUAGUCGGUAGCUGGGUUCCCCGGCAGCGCGGUGGAAGGAGGCUGGCAGCCCCUCCUCGCCCCGCCGGGCCGGGCCGGGCCGGGCCGGGCCGGGCCGGGCAGCGGCCGCCGCGUUACCACAACCGAGGCGAGCCCUGCCCGCGUCGCCGUGGCACCCGCCGCCACGCCGGGCCGGCCCACGUUACAAUCGCGGCUAUAAAGCUCUAUGGCUAUUGUUACCAAGAUAGCAAUGACAUCCCAGACACGCUGACGACCAUCACUGAACUAGGCUCGCCUUUAGAGAUGAUUCAGCUUUUACAGACUUCCUGGGAAGACAGAUUUCGAAUAUGUCUCAGCUUAGUUCGGCUUCUGCAUUAUUUGGCUCAUUCUCCUCUUGGCUCCGUGACAUUACUGGAUUUUCGCCCUCGGCAGUUUGUGAUCGUGGAUGGGGAACUGAAGGUGACAGACCUGGACGAUGCCAGCAUUGAGGAGAGCUCUUGCACCAGUAACAGCGACUGCUUUAUGGAAUUUCCUGCAAGGAACUUCACCCUGCCCUGUUCUGUUGAGGGACGGUGUCAGAGUAUGAACGAAAAGAGGAAUCUCUACAAUGCCUACAGGUUUUUUUUUACGUAUCUUCUUCCACACAGUGCUCCAUCCUCACUGAGACCAUUACUGGAUAAGAUAGUCAAUGCAACAGGAGAACUUCAGUGGGGAAUAGAUGAGACGGCUGCUCAGCUAGAGAGAGUUCUGAAUCUGUAUAAGAGUGGAGAGUACCUACAGAACACGACGCGGAUGCCAAAAGCUGAGUACAGACGGGUGCCUGAAGCUUUUAUUCCUGAUGAAAACUACAGAUGCUGGCCAUCUUACCAUCAUAAGGGCUGCCUCCUUUCCGUGUUCGAUGUCAACGAAGCCAUCGAGAUCUGUGACAGCUACUCCCAGUGCAAAGCUUUCGUCUUAAUGAACCAGACGACUUGGACAGGUCGGCAGCUUGUCUUCUUCAAGAUGGCCUCAAAUCAUAUCAUGCCUGAUCCUGACAAGAUAACAUAUGUGAAGGUGACAGACUGACACCUAAAGUGGCUCAGUCUGACGCGUGAGUGACAAGGGCUGUUUGUGUAUAAAUAUAGGCAGCUGUUAGGUAUAAGGCGGCUAUGGCCGGAGAGAUAAUUGCACUAUUACUCAUUCUAAUCUAUAGAGUGCUAAACAAAACUUUAAAGAAAUAACCUGCAUGACCAGGAUGAAUGUGCAAUAAAACGACAUUUUGAAAAUGUGAUUUUUUUUAAAACAAAGCAAAAUACAAGAUAUGAUACACUGUUAGGGUAUAAUUUUGGUUAUAAAUCAGCUGGCAGCUCUGGAUUUUCUAACCAAGGUUAGUGUAAUGUUUCUGACCUGUGCAUGUGUGCACAGGGGUGAAAGUUGAUCAUUUCUGUGGGAAGCCUGUAUCCUCCGUGCUGAUAUUUAUUUGGGCAUGUACAAUCACAACAGAGUAAGUGAAGCAUAUCAGUUUGUAAGCUGAAUAGCAAACGUUUCUGAAGACAAUCAGCAUUUGCGUUAAAGCUAUCAAAUAUGCAAUGCCGGCGUAUUUGUCAAAGGAAGGAAUUGGUUAUGUUUAGAAUUGCAAGACUGUAGCUAAUUUUCAUUUUUGCUUCCAAUGUUAUCAUAAAGUUUCAUUUUUAAUUUAAAAGAGCCAUUUUGCAGGUCUAGCAAAUCACAUAAGCAUAUGAAUAGUCCUACUGAAAGGGUAGGGACUUACCCAAGUGCCGAAUGCUUUGCUGAAUAGGGAUAGGCCUAAGCAUAUGCUUACAAUUAAGCCUGUGCUUAAGACUUUUGUUGAAUCGAGUUUGAAUUGUUCAGGAAGCUGCAUCUUUGACAGACUGGCAAAGCAAUCCAGCUGGUGGAACAGUACUAGUUUAAUGACUAUCUUGCAGUUAUUCAUAUUUUUUAUCAUCAAAUCCUUGGUUUUCUAAGGCACCGCUUGCUAAUUCUUAGAGUGAAUGAAGUAAAUGACCUUAAUAAUGGCAAAUGAAUGCUAGCCUUAAUUCUAUAUGAAACGCAUUUUACAGGCAUGGUGUGUCUAGAGAAUUUGCUUUCAGUGAAAGCAAUAAAGUAAGUGCUAAAGUGACCAAUGUCAUACUGUUUUGUAGUUUGUACAGUCAGGAAAAAAAAAAGUGCUUUUGUUUCUCAAAUUGUUUAUUUUUGUAAAAAAAAUAAAAUAUAAAUACAAUUUUUUUCAUACU